AUGGCAGGUGACGAUAUGUAUUCAUCUACUUCUGAUCAGAGUUCAACAGCUAGUUCAAUUAGUGAGUAUAGAAAUCUGUUCACAUUACAAGGUUACAUAAAGAUGUUCGAUGAUGAGAAAGAUGGAUCCACCUUGCUACGUCACCUAAAAUCUUCCUAUGGGGCAGAAAGUUACAAAGUAUGGAAGACACGAUUAAAUGCUUCGGGCAACUUUGAAUCAGUUAAAUGCCUGUUUGACUUAUUUGAAAUACAGCCUAAAAACCGUUCAGAAUUGGUGCAACUCAUAGAAGUUUUCGAUCUUUUCGAAAAUGUUUAUCGAAAUGUGAUUCUUCGACCAUACAUACCUGCUUAUCGUUCGAUUAAUGUGAACUGUGGACGGUUUCAAUCAUUCGUUUUACCUCUUCAGAAUUAUAUCCUGUUUGAAAAACUCAAAUUUCAAAGAAAUUCAUCACAUUUGCUGAUAUAUGUUGGUACGAAUCAAAUUGAAACAUUGGCAUGUGCUCAUGCUUGCGCUUAUUUGGGUACUCUUCUGAAAGUAGAUCUCGCUAAACAUGAUUAA